UGAAGGUCUAUCUGAAGUAUUAACCUACUCUCCUGUCAUUACUCCACCGUGCAUGCCAUGGACUCGCAAAGUAUCCUUGUUCUUGGCGCAACAGGUGGAUCGGGUAUUGCCUUCAUUGAGGAGGCCCUAGAACUUCCCAACCCACCUCAUUUGGUUCUCUACAUUCGAUCGCCAUCCAAACUUCCACAGCACGUCAAAUCGAACCAAGAUGUGACGGUAGUUACAGGAGGUCUCUCGGAUUACACCGCAUUGGAUUCAGCGAUGAAGGCCCACCGUGUCAGCACAGUUGUCUCCUUCCUUGGCGCAUACGUCUCCGCGUCAGCCCUUGUCACUCGGAACAUGGAUACGCCUAUCGCCGACUCAUUCCCCACGGUCAUCCAGGCAAUGGAGAACAACAAGGUUACACGACUCCUUGCUCUGUCGACGCCGUCAUACUGGGUCGAAGAUCAAGAUGUUGGAAGUUGGAAGUUGACAAUCUACGGCAUGAUGCCUAAACUCUUUGCUCCACAGGGAAACGCAGAAAUGGUUCGGAUAGCCGAGACGGUGGCCCAGGAAGCUUCGCACCUAGAUUGGACGAUCUUUCGCAUUCCUCAUCUGACUGAUGGACCGGCUGGGCUUCCCGUCUGGGCUGGUUAUGCAGGGCCGAGUCAUAAGGGCGGCCUUAACCUUUCGCGCAAGAGCCUGGCACGCUGGGUUUUGGGAGAAAUCUUGGAAGAAGAAUGGGUGAAAGGUGCGCCAUUUCUGGGUAACUACUGAAGUAAUCUUCUCAGACAUUACCUCAUGAAAAAUAGCAAGUGACACAGCUUCAUGAAAUUUCAAUCUUAG